CUGAGAUAGUUAUACAUAUUAUUUGACAACUGCUGACCAUUAUUUAGAGUGUAAUACACAGACCAAGAAUCCAGUCAGGAAUUAUCUCAUCACUUACAAGACUGACAAUACAUCAUAACCUGAAAAAAUAAAGGCUACAGAAUGCAAUGUUCAAACCUCAAAAACAUUCUUGUUUUGUCAUUUGGAAUCCUGCUUCUAUAUACUGCUUAUAUGGGGCUUCAGACUCUGCAGAGCAGUCUAAAUAGGAUAGAAGGACUUGGUGUUGCAUCACUCAGUGUAAUGUAUGUGUCCCUCAGCCUCUCUUCACUACUGUUACCUCCCCUUUUGAUAAAGAAAAUUGGAUGCAAAUGGACAAUUGUAGCAUCAAUGUUUUGCUUCAUCUCCUACAGUCUUUGCAACUUCUACUCAAGCUGGCCUACACUUAUAAUUUCCUCUAUACUGGUUGGACUAGGAGGUGGACCUCUGUGGGCUAGCAAGAGCACAUAUAUAACAAUAAUUGGAACAAAAUAUGCAGAAUCUUGUGGCAAAUUGGCAAAAGAUGUUGUGAACCAGUAUUUUGGGAUAUUCUUUCUAAUUUGCCAAACUUGCCGUGUAUGGGGAAAUCUUAUUUCUUCUUUGAUAUUUCAUCUAACACCAAAUGCAGGUCUGUAUGCACCAAAUCAAACUAUAUGUGGAGCAGGGGACUGUCCAGUUGAGUUGACUCAAAGUGGAAAUAGUACAUCUGGUCGGCCAUCAAACACAGUGAUAUAUAUUCUUCUUGGAUCUUAUACUGGGUGUGGAGUGUUAGCUGUGUUAAUAAUAAUCAUAUUUUUGGAUCAAAUACAAGAAGACAGAGUUGCAAAAGAAGUAAACUGUUGUUCCACGCUGCUUUCAGCAUUUAAACAUCUCCGUGAUAAACGUCAGUGUUUUCUUAUCCCACUCACUAUGUUUAGUGGUUUUGAACAAGGUUUUAUUGCCAGCGACUUCACUAAGUCUUAUGUAACCUGCAUCUUGGGAUUAAAAUAUGUGGGUUUCGUAAUUAUAUGUUUUGGUGUUACAAAUUCAAUAUGUGCAGCUAUAUUUGGCAAACUUGUUCAGUAUACUGGGAGAAUUCCUUUGUUUUUACUUGGAGCAGCUAUUAAUAUUGGAUGUAUUAUUGGCUUCUUGAUCUGGAAACCAGCAACUGGCAAUUUUGCAGUGUUUUUUGUAAUGUCUGGGCUAUGGGGCAUUGCAGAUGCAGUGUGGCAGACACUAUUAAGCUCCUUUUAUGGUGUAUUGUUUGAAAAGAAUAAGGAAGCAGCCUUUGCCAAUUUCUCCCUUUGGGAAUCCAUUGGAUUUGCUAUUGCAUUUGGAUAUAGCUCAUUUUUAUGUGUGUAUGUUAAACUCUACAUAUUAAUGUGUGUUGUUGUGGUGGGAAUUUUGCUAUAUGGAGCUGUGGAAUAUCUAGAACACAGAAAUACAUCUAGAACAAGUGAAGCAGGACCCAAAGAUUAACAUCACGUGUAGCCUGGACGAUGGAGUCACACAGAAAAUUAAUAUUGCUCUUCCUUGGGUCUGUUGUUUUUCAAUGCACCAUAUACUGUAUCCUUUGGCCAAAAUUUCAGAACCUUGAGGUGACUUGAAAUAUGCUGUGAAUUUUAGUUUAAGACAUCAUUUAUAAAACUAAAUUUUAGUUUACUUGUAUACAGUUUUUUUCCAUAUAAAUGCGAUAACUGAGUCCAUGUAGAUUAUAAGCCCUCACGGGCAGGGUCCUCUCUCUUUCUGUACCAGUUUGUAACUCGUCUUGUUCAUUGUCUGUAUUAUGUAUAUAUACCCAUUUUCAUAUGUGCAGCGCUAUGGAAUGAAUGGUGCUUUAAUAAUAAAUAAUGAUAAUGAGUCAUGUGACAUUACAUGUCUGCUAUUAGUACUGGAAGCUUAACCGAGCCUCUAGGUCAUGCUGUGUUAUUUAAAUGUUGCAACCAUUUCAGGUUAUGGGGAUAUUUACUAAUAUCCAUUGCACUAUUAAUGGUAGUGCUAUAUGUAACGCCCCAGAGGUGCAUUACCACCUUUGCACCUCGCUACUAUCUCCUAUGGUUAACUUAAUGUCAUCAUAUGUAUUCAUUUCCCGGUCUUGCAAAAUGUGCAUUCAUAUUUACUGUUAUUUAACUGUUCAAGUGUAAUAUGCCUGGUUCACCAGCAAAUGGCGGCAUACAUGGUAGAGCUAUUUUAUAUAGAAUAGAACCCUUAUUUCCAUUCUAGUGCGCUCUCUAAGAGAGGGAGGAGUUUAGCUAGUUAGAGAAGAAAAAGUUCAGCUUACCCCCUUCUAGGGGAAAGUUCAGCUUACCCCCUUCUAGAUGAAGGUUCAGCUUACCCCCUUCUAGAGAAUGGUUCAACUUACCCCAUUCUGGAAGAAGGUUUAGCUUACCCCCUGCUAGGAGAAGGCUGUCUCUAAGCUAGCCAGAGUAACUUGAGCUCUGCUGGACAGGGAGGCCAAAACUUGGAGCCUCUGAAGCCAGGAAUAAAGUUCCAUGACAAAGCUAGAGACAGGCCAGCCUACCAAGUAAAGUGCAGCCUAAAGAAGAAGCUGAUUUCCUUAGCCAGCCUGUCAGUACAGCAGAGCCAGAGAGCAACAGAUGUAGUAGAGCCAAGUGAUUUGCCUGCUAGCAUUUAUGCCAAAGCCUGCUGGUAACCAAGACAAAGUUGGAAGAUUGUUUCUUAUGAAUGUUUACCAAAGUAAAGCUGCUGUUCAACGUUA